GCUUUUCCACGUCGCUGCUAUGUCUCACAGGCGAACUCGCUGCGUAUGUAUGCGUGUCUCCAGCUAGGCCAGAGAGUGAUGGCGGCGCCCGUCCUGAGAGUGUCCACCCCUCGGUGGGAAAGAAUAGCUAGGCUCCUUGUUUGCCUGUUGGGCAUACUCUUGUCUCUAUAUGCUUUUCACGUCGAGAGGGAAAAGGCUCGGGAUCCGAGUUAUACGGCUAUGUGCGAUGUCAGCAGCUCCAUCAGCUGUUCAAAAGUGUUCAGCUCAAGGUGGGGCAGAGGAUUUGGACUCUUGGGCUCAAUCUUUGGAAAUGACAGUGCACUGAACCAACCAAACAGUGUCUAUGGGAUUGUCUUUUAUGCCUUUCAGCUCCUACUAGGAAUGACUGUCAGUGCAAUGGCUGCCCUUAUUCUCAUGACGACAUCCAUCUUGUCGGUGGUGGGUUCACUCUACCUGGGCUACAUCCUCUACUUUGUCCUAAAGGACUUCUGCAUCAUCUGCAUCACCACAUAUGCGCUGAACUUCAUUCUCUUUAUUCUCAACUACAAGCGACUGGUUUACUUGAAUGAGGCCUGGAAGCAGCAGCUCCAGGCUAAGCAGGACUAAGCUGUCGAGAACGGCAAGAAAAGUACGACAAACAACAACAACAACAAAAAAAAGAAAUGUGACCUCUGAACAUUUGACUUGCCACCAGGAGACCUUGCUUCCAAACAAUGUUUAUUCUGCUGUGUGUUCAAAAAAAUGAAGAAAUUUAACUUAAAUGUUGGGCCUGACAUCUCAAUGUUGAUUGCAAACACGGAAGGAUUUUUAAGUGAAAGAUGAUAUUUUCUUUUAAUUUCUUUUACCUUGUUUAACAUUGUACUCACUUAAGGAGGGGGGCUGGCUAUGUGUGUGCGCGCACGCGUUUGUGUGUGUGAGUGUGUGUGAGUGUAUGUGGUGGGAAACACAACAACCCGAGCAAGCAGAGGCAGAGGGCCACAGUACAGAACAGGCCGAUGGAGGACAGCUCUCUUUUGAACAAAAAGGAACGCAGAAUGGAAGAAAAAACAGGACAUUAAAGAGGGUUUACUUGAAAUGGUUAGAAAGGUCCUAUUACUGCACAGCAGAUCUGCACUAAUACUUGGAACAGAAUAAUGGGUCCUGAAAUUAGAAAAAACACUCAUUAAGGUUAUCAUACAGUUUGCAGAUAAGGUUCUAUGGCAGGGUGGGUUAAACAAUUAACAUUUAUACAGAAUAGAUUUUUUUUCAUGUUUACACUUUGUAGUAUGUUUCUUUUUGAAGAGGACCACUAAAAAUAAACUUGGGACAAUGUGAGAUAUUAUGUGUAGAUCAGUCAGAUUGUUUGUUUUGCAAUUCUGUAAAUAGCUGCUGAGCAAUAUUCCAGGCUAGAUUGUGAUUUAGUGUUGACACAAACCUGUAAGGAAAAAAAGCAACCAAAAAAACAGGAGAAAACAUCAGUAAAUCUGGAGUAAGAAGUGAUCAAGGUCACAGUUAAGGAGGUGGAUGAGUCUGAAGAUGUGUUCAGGACAUCCUCUGUCCUGUAAUCCUGGUCAGGCAUGCUGUUCAGAGUCGUGUGGAUUUCUUUGUUGUAAGUGGUUAUUGUUUCAUCAGAAGCCACCAAUACAAGUCUUUUAAACAGAACCAUAGGUUCUUUUCACCAAGUUUGCAUAAAGGCACCCUCACCCCUUUUUUUUUGGUUUUCUUAUUGUGUGAGAAGCAUUCCUGACCACCACACAAGUGGGAUCCAUAAAGACUUAUGUGCCUAAAGGAGUGUUAAGGUGAUUUUUUUUUUUUUACGUUUCGGGUGGGUGGGAGGGCUGAUGUCAUGUUAACACCAUUUUUGCUCGUUUUAUUGUCACAGAUCCAAGGCUUUAAUUUUUCUGAUCACAUUUCUUUUGUAAAUUAAAAUACCAGUGAAGUGUUUCUCCCUCCCUAAUAGAGUCUCAUGAGGUAGCAAAGGCUGCUACACUGUGAUUGUCUUCUCAAGAGUAGAGUAGCCUGGUGGCAGAAGCAUCUCUAAUCUUUCUGUUUGGGUUUGCUUUAAUGUUCAUCUGGCUUUUGUUCACUGUCCAGGCCUGUAUACAUUUGAUGUCUGUUGAACUGUAACGGUGAUCUUGCAAAGCUGAGUUACAGUUCAUUUGCAGGACUUGAGCAAAACUUGGAAAAUGUUAAUACUUUCUUGAUAUGAACGGCAGAGGUGCAACAAGGCAGAAGAUUCUUUAAGAAAACAAAACAGUAUGUUAAGCCAUAUGUGGAGUUGGUGGGAUUUUUUGCUCGAGCAGGAAAGACAUCCAGGCUGCUGAUGGGUUUUCUGUCACACUGAAGCUUUGCAUCAAGUGGUUGAUCUAAUACAGUGCAGUUUGUACAGAGAUGGAUCACAGUAUGACAGAAGCAAACACAGCUUGUAGUGGCUUUGCUAGAAAUCCAGUGUUGUCAUGUCAGAGUAGGACCAUUGUCUCUUCCACUGAUUAAAGUAUCCCACUUGUCAGCUGCAUGGUACACGAUCUCCUGGCUUUAAAUAUAUGUUGGCCAUUGGACAAUCUUACACACACUGUCAAAGAUCUAUAAAAGUCGUAGUAAUAACUGUAAUAAUGUGAUUCAUCUGUGGUGUUAAACCAGCUUGUUAAUAGUUUCCAUCACUGCUAGUCGUCAUGCCCCUUCAUGUUUUAAUAUAAGUUCUCCCGUACAGUUGUUUUAUAGGGUGAAGGUUGUUAACGUGUUGAUGAUCGCAACAGUCAGGAAAGCAAUUUCAGUGACACACUUCCUGUGUGAACAAUUAAGUCAUCAGUUGUAUAUGAAAAUGGAAAUUGAGGUGAUACUUUUUUUUCAGAUAUUGUCAAAGUGAAAUUGUUUCUAUUCUUGCAUGUUGUGACUCAUUUACUCCUGAUCAUGUCCAACAUCACUGUUGACUGUUUUCCAAAGCAAUGCAGUGUUAAAUUUUUCAUAACUUAAAACUUCCAUCCCUUAGUCCUUUACAGUUAAGAUCAUUUAUAUGGUUUGUCAGGUAAAUAUAGAGUCACCCCUGGCCUUAGUAAAAAAAAAAAAAAAAAAAAAAAAAAAGGUAUAUCUGAUAAAGGUAAAUGUAAUGCAGGCAAAUCUCAAUUUCAGUGUCAGCUCACUUCUGUCUGACUCCACACCCCCAGAUUCAUUUCAUUUUCAAGUUUGUAGUCAUUAUAGGACAUUUCAGGUUUUGUGCAACUCCUUCUGGAACCACAAAAGGCUUUAUAUAACUUUUUAAAUAUAUGCAGUAGUACUCCCCAAGGCCUUAAAUAGAAUUGAUGUGUAAAAUCAGUGGAGUUCCCCUUUAGGCAAAUGUCAACUUGAUUUUCUUACAAUACAGAAAAGAAUGUGAACUAGUAGCUGCCUGGAAGAGAAACUUACUGAAACACUAUUAUUUGCUUUGGACAUUGGUGACCAGUUGUAUUAAGCUGACAUGAUUGGUAGUAAAGUGGCAAAAACAUGCAAAAACAUUAGGGUCCUUCAACAAAAGCUAUGGUCCUCCAUAUAAUGACUUAAAUGUUUCCAUCAUUCCUUGGUGAGUCAUCUUUAAGAUCUUUCUUACACAGUAUUGCCUGGUUGGGCUUACAUCACGUUCUUUUUCAUCUAAACUCAGAAUGAGAUUUCACAGCCACAACACUGUUCUGUCUUUGUCCUUUUUCUGGGAAAGCCUGUGCACUCACAUAAAAGACAAGUCUCCUAUGGAUUCACUUGCAUAAGUCAAAGUUUUUUAUGUAGAGAAGUCAAACUGACAUUACCUGCUAGUUUUUUUUUUGGCAACAGCUAUUGGUCCUGUGAGUAUUGACCAUAGAACUGACAAGCUUACAUUAGGUAGCCUAUCAUUAUGUUAAUGGUUCUGGUCAUAUGCAAGCCUAUUACACUAGUUGUGUGCAGUUACUUUAAAGAAAUGUGUAAAGGAAUUUGGAUGUUAAAUGUUUGAAAUCUUUUGCUGGUAAAAGGGUCACCAUGUUGUGUGAUGACAUAAUGUCAAAAAAAAAGGUCAAAGCGAUUGAUACUACAUUCUCAUGAAUAUUCAUUUAGGCCCUGAGGUAUAACUGCCAUGUUAGUUGCAUCACCAAUGCCAACAAAAGUGCCUUCUGUUUGAUCACUAGGCCUUGAGCCAAAGACGAGCAACAGUAAUAGCCUUGUAAAACGAAGAAUGGUAACUGUAACAGGCACUUCUGCUUGCCUUCCUUAAGAUGUAAUCUGAUUAAUUGGUUAAUUCCCAAAGAUUUAAUAUCCAGUGUCCGUGCAAAAAUCCAUUCAGAAAUUGCCAGACAAAAUGCCCUGUCAAAUCAAUGGCCGUUCCUUUUUUCCUUCCUGAACUCCACUAUAUGAUCGUCUUUACUUUGUCUAGCUAGGACACGUUUGUUAGCUAGGAAUACACUCUGUUAAACUACAUGAUUGUAAUGUUCUUUUUUCAUCAUGAAUUAAUUAUGCCCUUUAGCUGUAUAGACUGUUAACAUUCUGGGUUAUUUUAGUAAAUUAAAAAAAAGUUGAGGGGUUGGAGGGCUAGGAAUCCAUGUGUCAGCAUCAAAUGUUUAUUAAAUUUCUUUGUGGAGGAAAACUUACUGGGUUUGCUUCUGUAUUGCCAAAUAUGUUUUAAAAUGCUGUAUUUUCUUACAUGGAAAAGUGUUACAUGAAUGGUAGGAGGGUGCAGAAAAAGUAAACUGUUUCAAUCCAGCUUAUGUUAAGGGAAAACCGUGGAAAAGGUUGACAUGAGUACAUUUUUAAUUGUGUCAUUGUCAUGUGGAAAUGAUCUACCAUUAAAACAUUCCCUCUGAAA